UUGUUUGAUAUAAGUGUGACGCAUAGAGACUAUCAAAUGAUAUCGUAUCAUUAUUGAUGAGAUUUAUGAGUUUUAGCCGUAACAGUUUUCAGGGCAUGAUAUUUGUUCUAUCGUCUGAGUGAACAUUUCGUGACUAUUGUUUAAAGAAGUGCUGUGAUUUUUGUAAGAAAGCUCGUAUUAGGAAAGGGUCAUGGCAAAACCAAGCUCAAAAGUCUUUGUCGUAGGAGUGGGAAUGACCAAAUUCGUAAAACCAGGUACUGGAGAUGACUAUCCAGAAAUGGCUAAAGAAGCUGUGACUAAAGCUCUUGAUGAUGCCAAGAUAAAUUACGAUCGAGUUCAACAAGCAUGUGUUGGAUAUGUGUAUGGUGAUUCUACUUGUGGACAAAGAGCUUUAUAUGAAGUUGGAAUGUCUGGCAUUCCUAUUUAUAAUGUUAACAAUAAUUGUUCUACUGGAUCUACUGCAUUAUACAUGGCUAAGCAGUUAAUUGAAGGUGGUGUUAGUGAUUGUGUUCUUGCUUUGGGAUUUGAGAAGAUGGCUAGAGGAUCCUUGACAUCUAAGUUCGAUGAUCGUACCAAUCCUAUGGAUAAGCACGUUUUAGUUCUAUCAAACCGUCAUGGCUUUGCAGCUGCUCCUGUCGCUGCUCAGUUUUUCGGUAGUGCUGGAAGGGAACACAUGGAGAAGUAUGGAACCAAGCCUGAGCAUUUUGCGAAAAUUGCCGUGAAGAAUCAUAAGCAUUCUACCAAAAACCCUUAUUCUCAAUUCCGAGAUGAGUACACACUGGAACAGAUCAUGAAAUCUCCUGUUGUUUAUGAACCUCUGACGAAAUUGCAGUGUUGUCCCACUUCUGAUGGUGCAGCAGCGGCAAUAUUAGUGAGUGAGGCUUUCGUUAAAUCUCAUGGCUUGGAAGGGAAGGCUGUGGAGAUACUAGGUAUGGAAAUGGCUACUGACUUGCCAAGUACUUUCAAGGAAAAUAGUUGUAUUAAAAUGAUUGGAUUUGACAUGACAAAAACCGCUGCUGGUAAAUUGUUCCAAAAAACCGGAGUUAGACCAUCCGAUGUAAACGUUGUUGAGUUGCAUGAUUGUUUCUCUACCAAUGAGCUCAUAACAUAUGAAGCUUUGGGUUUGUGUGAAAUAGGAGGGGGAGCUAAACUGGUGGAGUCUGGUAAUAAUACCUACGGUGGAAAGUAUGUUGUCAACCCUAGUGGAGGACUGAUAUCUAAAGGUCAUCCGUUGGGUGCCACUGGAAUAGCACAGUGUGCAGAAUUAUGUUGGCAACUUCGCAACGAAGCAGGUGAACGGCAAGUUCAAAAUUGUCGUUUGGCUUUGCAGCAUAACAUUGGUCUUGGUGGUGCAGUUGUGGUUGCUCUAUAUAAGCUUGGUUAUCCUGAUAUGGCACCAAAAGUAUCGAGUUCUAGUAACGAAUUUGGUGGUUUGGAACCGCCAAAAGACAUAUUCAAACUCAAAUCGGCUGAGUUUUUUACAAGAGCUAUCCCCCUCUUAAAAGUUGCAGAAAAUUCUAUUGAUAAAAAAAUCAAAGGUUCUCUGAAGCUUAAAGUCAAAGAUGAUAAUUCGGAUUACAUUGCUUCGGGUGUUAUAAAAAUUGACAAAGGAAAAAUCGAUAUUAGCUUUGAUUCUGAUGAGACAGCAGAUUGCACAAUAAGUCUUUCUGAUAAUGUUCUUUAUGAUGUACUACACAAAAAAACUACUUUUGAAAAAGAAUUUUUUGCUGGAAAGUUGAAAUUGCAAGGGAAUGUAGGAUUCGUUACUAGAUUAAUGACCAUGAAAAAUAUUUUAUUUUCAAAGCUUUAAAGCUGAACUUUUCAUAGACUUGCAUUUCAUCGAUGAUACAAAACCCAUUUUUAUAGAAUGUUUUUAAUGAUUCAGAGUAAGGUAAUUAAACUGAUUGCUUAGUUUUGUUAUAUAAUUUCAUAGUUCAUUUUUUAUGUGUGCCAUAAAAGUCUUUUGAGUUGAUAUGUUUUCCUGUUUUACUUAUUUAGCAAAACGUACUGAUGCCAGAGAAUUGCUCUAUCAAAAAUUGCAUAUGUUAUUAUUUUGAGUAAGUUGAUAUUAUUUAUUCUCUAGUCAAUGGACUGUUGACUAUUUUGCCAUCAAAUUGUUAUCGAAGUGUUUGAAUUUAAAAAUAUUAACAAAUGUUUUUAAUGUCUCGAUGUGCUUUGUAGUAAAAUAUUUGUAAAGAAAGUUGUCCAAACUUUGUUGUAGCUUUUCAGAUUUUCCAGGGUUUGUGCACAUUGAAAAUCUGCGAAUAAUAUUUUAUUUUUAAUUUUUGAUUAAAAAAAUUGUCUUUGUGUGCAAAUAAUUGUGAGAUUUUAAAUGUAAAAAAAUACCUGUGCCUUAUGUCCAACUAUAUUCUUGAUUUAAUAAUGAUCUCUGCAACAUAAAGUAACUAAUUUUGUGUUUUUGUACUGUAUUUAAUGAUUUAAAACUAGUCAUCGUGCACUUCAUUGUACCAAAGACUGUUGAACUGUUUUGAUAAUUGUUUGUUGAAUUGUUUAAUCAACAAGCGAGCACAUUUUGUUAAUUAUAAAAUUUUGUGAUAUAGUCAUUUCCUUUUAAAUGUAAAAACCUAUUCAUAUUAAGCUUGAAAAAAGUUGUACUGUUUCCGUUCAAAAAGGAGUUUAAGUAUUGUCUUUCUUUGUAUCAAUCAAUGCAUGUUCUUUGUGAAAUGAUAAUUAUUGCAAAAGUCAUUAAUGCUUUAUUCAUAUACUUCAAAAGCAGAGAUUGUUUAUAUUUACAAACUACCAAAAUAAAAAAUAUUUUCUUUGUUACUAGGAUUUGUGUUUUAUGUUUUAACUAGCUCCAUCGCCCAGCUUUGCAUGAUCUUCCCCGAAAAUAAAAGUUACGGCAAGUGACGCGUGUUGAACCAUCACCACACUAGAGUCAAUGCCUGUGAACUGAAAAAUGACGUCAUCAUGCAUCGGCCGAUCAUCAGCCAUAUUACUGUUUUACGGAAGUCCUGUUACAUGUUAAAUUUUUCAUAUUCCAGCUUCUUUUA